AUGGUCUAUGCUGUUGAUUUUGAUACAAAUACACAGAGACAGAUUAAUCGUUAUCAGAGGAGCAUUGCCACAAAUGUGUUGCACAGGAAUUUGAAUCCUAGCAAUCUUCUCCUGAAUGCAAAUUGUGAUCUCAAAGUAUGUGAUUUUGGAUUAGCUCGUGUUAUAUCUGAAACUGAUUUCAUGACAGAAUAUGUUGUUACAAGAUGGUAUCGUGCACCAGAGCUAUUGUUAAAUUCUUUUGGUUAUACUGCUGCAAUUGAUGUAUGGUAUCUUGCCGUUGGUCCUAGAUGGAUUGCCUCCAAUGGUAGUGCUGGUGCAUUGACCAAUACCCGUGUGAGCUCAUUUUUGUUUGGAUAUCUACUACCAGUUAAUGAAGUUGUGCAGGGCUUCCUCUUAUUUAAUGUCACUGAGGAAGUCGAACUCACCACAACUGAAGUGACUGUCCUCCCUGAUGAUGAGACACCCACCGCUGGACCUGAGGUAGCUCCUCUCGAGGCUCCUCAACAAACUGGUGCUUAUCCUCUCGAAUGCACCAUGGAGCCCACCAGCGUUAAUCCCUCAGAUAACACUGAAGACCCUUCAGAUGCUGCUGCCGCCACUAAACCUGCUGCUCCUAAAUCUGAAGUUGAAGCUGAGGUUGUUAAUGAAAUCCCAACAUCCUAUGAAACUCUUAUAGCUGAGGAAAUUUAUGUCGUCCGAGCUAACGCUGAAGCUCACGACGAUGACCUUCCCAUCACCUCUGCAGCUGAUGCUGCUGAUGUGGAAGAAGACGAUGAAGAGGAUGAUGAAGAAGAUGGUGAGUCUCCCAAUCUUCCUGACUCUGGCAGUGACGUAGACGAUGAAAACGACUUCACGAUCCAGUACCAGCGACCUACUACUGCCAUGAAAGGUGUCGCCCUCAGGGAUUAUGCAUCCCAAGGGGAGCAAAGGGAGAAUGAGGGUGUUCAAGAAACACACUAG